GAAACUGCUUUUGUUUAGACAUGGCGGACGCCGGUGCCGAAAUAAGAGUGAAGUUGGACCUGCGGUUCGCCGUUCCGCACCGCGAAGCGCACAAUUUGGUGUGGACCGUGGUCGACACGGCGGAGACGGCUACGGUCAAGCAGUUCGCGAAGUUGAUACGAGCCAAGUACGGCGUUCCCAAGAAGAGCGAACUCUACCUCGACGACGCGUGGCUGCCACCCGACGAGCCUCUGCGGAUACUGAGGGACAAAGAUACCGUGAGGGUUGUCACACCCGCGCAGCAGCCCUCAAAACCCGAUUCCAAACCAGACGACGACCCAGCUCCCGUGCCGAAUCAAUUUGUGAAGACGACGAAAAAGAAGAGAAAGCGGGAGUCCUCGGAGAGCAGCCCACCGCCCGCGGAAGAAGCCAACAAUGUUUCCUACGCUGCCGGCCACGACCACUCUGCUUCAACAGUGUCAACACCUAAACAGGGUGCAACACCGUAUUUGCCAGCCGUCCAAGUGCCAAGCACGCCCAUAUCAUUCCGCAGUGAGUCUGUCUGCUCCACCCCGCAGAAUACGAGCUCCACGAGCACGCCAGCAUGGCCCGUUCCCGCACCAGACCUCAGCAUGUCCCUAUCAACGAGCCCUCCCAAAAAGAAACGCAGGCCUAGGCGCAAGAAGAAGAAGCCAGGCGAAGAAGGCACCCAGGUUGCCGAGUCACCGAGCCUGCCAGUGGCACCUCCGGUCUGCCUCACCUCACAAGUUGCAUCACCGAGCUUACCACUACCGGUUGCAGUCCGCGUUCCCGCAAAGCUCGCUCAAGCAGACUUACCGACUGGGCGACACGUUCAUUUCGACGGUGACUCGUCGGAUGAUGAAGAAGAGGAGGAAGUAGCUGUCGAGCAGAAGGCACAACCCGCGGUUUUCGAACAGUUGCCCCACGUAACGCAAGUUGUUGCGAGUGCAUCGAUGAAGCACGAAAGCCAGCUUCCACUCACGAAUGGUCAGGCAUUGUCAUGGGACCGCCCUGCGACAAGCUGUUACAGUGCCGUGCCUCCCCCCGCGGAAACUGCCACGCCAAAAGCCAAGAUUCCAGAGGUGGUGGAGGAACACAAAGUACCAUUGAGCACUGACUGUACGGACGGCCCUGCAAGACAAGUGACAAACUACUCGGACUACCCGCCACUGAAAGUGCCGCCCAAGCCGGGAGACCUUAUUGCGUUCAAGAUACUGGAACUGGAUGCUGACUACUGUCCUAACGUGUCUGAAUACAAGGAAGGCAAAGUUCUGCAACACAACCCUGUCAGCGACUUCGUGCGUAUAGAGUUGAAGAGAGCCGAGGCCAAGAAGACGUAUGGUGGCAAGUUUGAACUUGAGGUGCCUGAAGAAGGCCUGCCUCCAAUGGAAAAAGUGGUUUCAGUACUGUGGACUGAGCUAAUCGAUCCAGUUGUCCUGUCGUCCUGAAGUGCAAGGCCAUUUUAAUGAAUUAAUAAAGCAUUUCACAU